AUUAGGAGACUGUAGGUUAGCAGGCUGCUGUCUCUCUCCGCCCUACAUGGGACGGUCGUGUGCGCAGCAGUCUUACUUUCUACUUUAGCUCCACUUUCUUUGUUGUUGUUGCUGAACCUAUCGUAGAAUUCCCCACUACCGUGCCCUCGAGUCGGUUAACUGGAACUACAACGUGGUUUCGUUUUGAGGGCGCACUUCGCGGGACGUUCACGGCUCUUAGGGCACGAUGUCACCAACCCCGCGAAGAUGACUGAUGGGUAACGGCACGCGCAACAUGCUCCACUGAUAUAUGCGACACAGGGUCGAGGAGUUUGUGUAAUUUAAAGACCUGUGAGACGAUGUGAGUGACUUGUUUCUUUCUUUUAAAGUUCGGUAGUUUGAUUCCGCUCUUGUUGAGAGAGACAGCCAGUCCCAUGCCCGCGCCCCACGUGCCAGGCUGCACUCUACCCCGAGGACAGUGCCCUAGGCUCGGGGGUUAGAUGGUGCUUAUCACGGACGACAGGGAUGGAGGAGGCGCUUCGUCUGUCCGGGUCAAACAACUCCAGCAGCAGCAAAAAGUCACCCAAGUCUACCCGACCAUAGCCGAGGAGCCGCCGUCCAACUCUGACGAUGACUACCUGGGCUCCUGCGAUGAGGAUGAUGGAGAGGAGGAAGACGAUGGUGAAUUCGAAGAAGUUGACUUCGAGGACUUGGAGGACUGUCGGAGCAUCGUGUCGGACGACUCCUUCUACCCGCCUGAUGAUGUGUUCGCGGACUCGGAGCGGACCCCGUCCCCCAAGAGCCCGGAGCCGCUGUCUUUUUUCCAGGCGUGCUGCACCAACAACGCGGCUAUCGUCCGGAUAAUGCUUCGGCAUGGGGUGACGGAGGAGGAGGUCAAGGAGAAGGACAGGAAUAACAGGAUAGGGCUGUUGGUUGCGUGCUACCAAGGUUACGUGGAUGUCGUCAUUGCUCUGUCUCAGUGUCCGUAUCUGGAUGUCAACUGGCAGGACAGCGAGGGAAACACAGCUCUCAUCACCGCCGCUCAAGCCGGCCACAUAACCAUCACCAACUAUCUGCUCAACUACUACUCCGGGUUGGACAUAGAGAGGAGAAACUGCCACGGCUUCACUGCUCUGAUGAAAGCUGCCAUGCAGGGCAGGGUGGAAUGUGUGCGCUCGCUCAUGAUGGCAGGAGCUGCCCUGAACGCCAGGGACUUUGGCCGCAACUUCACUGCCAGGGACUGGGCCUUAUUUACAGGCCGUUAUGAAACUGCCUGGGUGAUGACACGCCUGAUGGAACGUCCCUGUCCCCGCCAGUACUGUGAUACAUACAGUUUAGAGUGGCCCCCACUUGCAUCAUUGGUGGCCAAAGCCCAGGAGCCCCGUGGCUGUCUGAAACGCUUGUCGGACACUGUGCGGCACAUGUUCAACAUUGCUAAUGUGAACAACCCUGAGGAUGAAGGUGUCAUCGACCACAUGGUCUCUAUUACAACUGCCAUGAGGAGCCCUUUCAUUGCUGUGGCGUGCCAUACAGUGUGUCCCGACAGCCCCCCAAGUGUGGGCAAAAGGCAGCAUGCAGUUCCUGAGAUCAUCCGCCAGCAGCGCGCCAAAGAGCUCCACUCUGUCAACCCUGACAGGGUGGACAGCCACCUCAAACUCUUCCAGAACUCCCGGGUCACACUGGUGGCCAAGAACACAGCAGACCGCCGGGCCAGCCUUCAGGCCCAGAGCCUGGUACCUCGACACAGGAGCUCCAGCCUGGGCAUGGUGGCUUGUAACGAAGCCCUGGAGCUGCGGAGAACCAGCCUGCUGCCAGUGCACAUGGUGCUGAGGAGGAGCAGCGUCAGGCCGGGAUUCAGCAUCCCCAAAGUGAGGGUGUCCAAGGCCCCUGCGGCCACUUAUGAACCAGAAAAGAUCCGCAGGAAGAGCAGCGCCAAAGAUAGAGGGGGGCACCUGCUGCAGAUCCCAAAGUGGCGGUACAAGGAGCUAAAAGAAGAAAGGAGGAAAGCCGAGGAGGUGGAGAGGAGAAGGCUUGAGGCCAUAACCAAGAGACACCUUGCUGCCGGGAAAAGGAAAUAAUAUCAUUGCCUCAGAGAGUCAUGUACACUACCCUGCAAAGAGACAAAAUCUGGACUGAACAUUAAGUUGGACAGAGUUUUGGCUUUAAUGUUUUUCUACAAUAUACUGUAUGUGCUCAGGGUGAGCCUAGAAUUUACCAGCAGUGUUCCUAAAAGAGGACGGAAGACUAAAAAUUUCUUUUGUCUGUUCAGUUUUGCAAGGGGGAUGCUGGUUAGCUUCUUAAAAAGGGCUGCCAGAGCUUUAGCAGAAGUGCAUGAUGCUCAGUGACCUUUAUGAUGUCAAACAGUGAAAACCCAGGGGAUCUGAUACUUGAAAUGUUUUUAGCUAACUUAUUUUUUCAUAUUUAUUGCUUUCUGAUGGAUGGCCAAGUCUAUAUUUUGUUACGCUUUGGGUGCUCAAUACAACCGUGUUUUUGUAGCGUGUUACACUGUAUUGGAGCAGAUCUUUUCAGACUGUAACCACAACAGAAAUGUGUUCAUCGUCCUGCCUAAAAAUGGAAGCAAUUUAUUAAAGAUGUCAUGGAAUAAUGUCUUUAAAAUGUUCAGCGGACAAUGCUAAUGGGCGUGUCAGAUUGACUGAGAAAGCUAAACAAAAUCUUAUAUAGAAUCUAAUGGAACUUGACAGCAAUGUGUUUAGAUGCUUUUUGUUGCGCUUUAUGAUGAACCCAUGAAUGUAUAAAUGUAUGCAUUUAUAUUUUGUAUUAGAGAUUUUAAUGCUUUUUGAUGACAAAUCUUUAAUUUUUUAUUCAAUAUGGACUUUUUCACACACUGAUACAUAAACAACUAUGUUUUCUAGUCUUAAUGUUCGAGAGCAAGACUGAAAUGAAGAGCACUGUUGAGAUGCAACACUUACAUCUUACCAUGUGAGAGGAUAGUUCCAACUCUUUUCCGUAUGUUUACAUUGCAAAACCACAUUUACACUGGUUAUAAUAGCGAUAAACUGACAUGCAUCGAAUGAGACUGGUGUUUGGUGUAUACAGGGUAUGGAAGAUGUGGACAAAAUAAACACUUCUGCUAACGGUGA